UUGUAACUAAUGUAGGGCUUGAUUGAGUGAAUGGUGCCGCAAGGGCAUAUAUCGAGCAGUCCUAAAAUAUCCCAAAAAUUCACCGAAAUACUGUACAGUUUGGCGAAAACUUUGUUUUUGCGGCUGCGUGUCUUAUCCAUCUUGUCAAAAGUGUCCUCCUUUUCUGCUCUCUUCUUGAAAGAACACGAACUUGAGCUCGAAUUACUUGACAUAAUCUUUGACAAUUUUGUUUUGACAAACAUGCCACUAAAAUUCUUUGUGUUUUCCUCAAAAAAUGGUAAAUGAGGAUGUCGCCGUACCGGAAGAAACUGAAUUCACCCUAAAAUACAACUCCUGGUACGCGAUUACUAUAAGCACAAUCAUAUGGGCGGCCAGCUACCAGCUUCUGAGGGCCACGUUGCCGUCAAAAAAUCGCGAGUACUGCUGCCGGGUUUUGAGUUUUUUGCACGGAAUCAUCACCGCUUUUGUGGGGAUAAACCAGUGUUUUCUCAUCGACACUCCGUUUGAGCACCCGGAAUGGCGGACGACCAACAGCCAACGAUUUUUGAUGGUGUGCAGCUUGGGGUAUUUUAUCCACGACUUGGUUUGGUGCUUUGUGUACCAGAGGGACUCGAAAUUGAUGCUCGCUCAUCAUCUUUACAGCGUGUGUGCGCUGAGAAGAAUGCUGUAUAAGAACAACUCGGGGGCGCAAGCCACUUGUGCCUUGGGAAGUAUGGAAAUUUCGAAUCCGAUGUUGCAGAUUCGAUGGUUCCUCAGAAGCGAAGGAUAUUAUCCUUCAAACUUGUACACGUCGGUCGAGAUCACGUUCAUGAUCAUAUUUUUCCUAGUGCGCAUUGUCCUCGGGACGUAUUUUUUAAUUGUGAUUGCCUUUCAACCGAAAAACGACUGGGACUUUAGAGUCCUUGCCGUGACGAUUUAUGCAAUGUCUUGGAUGUUUAUGAUAAAUAUCACCAAGUAUUUCGUUACCAAAUAUGGACUUGGGUAUAAAGGAAACGAUAUUCAGAAUAAGGGAACUUGACUGCCGGCUUAUUUGUUCAUUUUUAUGUGUUAAAUAAAUUAUUUAAGUGGAAAA